AUGUGGGAGAUAUGGAAGGAAAGAAAUAGGCAUAUUUUUGUGGACAAGAAGGAGUCUUUGGAGAGAUUAAAAAAUAGAAUUAGUAAUGCCCUCAAGGAGACGGUGGGAGCUGCAGCUUGGCAGUUUUUUAAUCUGAAGGUGUCAUUUACUUUGGAUGAUAGAUUAAUUCAAUCUAUGUGGCCAGACAUUAAGUUGAGGCCCGUUAAUAGGCUUGACUGGGUUCAAUCUAGCUCUUCUUUGCAACAGGAGGUAGUUUGGGAAAAUCCUUCGGAGGCUUGCAUGAAAGAAAAUUUUGAUGGUGCUUCACAGGGUAGCCCAGGACCAUUAGGUGUAGGAUUUAUUCUUAGGGAUUGGAAUGAGUGGGUGAUUUUUUGGGGGGCAAAGAGAAUUGAUUUAGGGACAAAUAAUAUUGCAAAAGUAUGUGCGGCUUUGAUGGCAGUUAUAUUUUGUAGGCAAGCGGGGGUGAGUAAGCUUCACUUGGAAGGGGAUUCGUUGGUGAUCAUACAAGCAAUUAUGAAAGGGUCAAUUGAGGCAUGA